UUACGCUGCCAGGGCGGAGCGGCCGUCAGCUGACUGUGGUGGCCGCAGCCUCGCUGGGACAGCCGUUGACAGUGUCGCAGGCUCCGUAGGGAGGGUCGCAGGCUCGUCAGUUCUCAGUGGGCGAGGCCGGCCGGCGGAGCACCAUGGCGACCACCGUCAGCACACAGCGCGGGCCGGUGUACAUCGGCGACCUCCCGCAGGACUUCCUCCGCAUCUCGCCCACGCAGCAGCAGCAGCAGGUGCAGCUGGACGCGCAGGCGGCCCAGCAGCUGCAGUACGGAGGGGCGGUGGGCACAGUGGACCGCCUCAACAUCACCGUGGUGCAGGCCAAGCUGGCGAAGAACUACGGCAUGACCCGCAUGGACCCGUACUGCCGGCUGCGCCUGGGCUACGCGGUGUACGAGACGCCCACGGCCCACAAUGGCGCGAAGAACCCGCGCUGGAACAAAGUCAUCCACUGCACCGUGCCGCCCGGCGUGGACUCCUUCUACCUGGAGAUCUUCGACGAGCGCGCCUUCUCCAUGGACGACCGCAUCGCCUGGACACACAUCACGAUCUCGGAGGCCCUGCGGCAGGGCGAGGUGGAGGACAAGUGGCACUGCCUGAGCGGGCGGCAGGGUGACGACAAGGAGGGCGUGAUCAACCUGGUCAUGUCCUACUCGUCAGUGCCGGCCGCCAUGGUGAUGCCCCCGCAGCCCGUGGUCCUGAUGCCCACCGUGUACCAGCAGGGUGUCGGCUACGUGCCCCUCACGGGAGUGCCUGCCGUGUGUGGCCCCGGCGUGGUGCCCAUGGCCCUGCCCCCGGCCACUGUGAGCACCACGCCCCGCUGGAGCGAGGAGGACCUGAGAGCUGUGCAGGACAUGUUCCCCAACAUGGACCGCGAGGUGAUCCGCUCCGUGCUGGAAGCCCAGAGAGGGAACAAGGACGCGGCCGUCAACUCACUGCUCCAGAUGGGCGAAGAGUCCUAGACUCCGCCCCCCGCCCCGCCCUCCGCGCCGCCAGCCCUUUGGACUCGCCUGCCCAGGGUUCCCCGUGAGAUUCCUGUCCAGAGCCCUGUGCAGCCCGGCCUUGGAAGCCCGUGUUGCCCAAGUCCAUACCCGUUGGGGAUGCAUGUGGGUUUUUGGCCCCUGAAGGCCACUCUCGGGCUGUCCUCUGGGGGGGGACGAGCAGUGCCCUGCGCGCCAGCCACUUGCCUUCCCGCCAGGACGUGCGUGCUCCACUGCCACCCACCCCUCCCCCCGCUGUCCCUGAGGGUGUUGUUGGAGCAGCUGCCUCGGCUGCAGCCAGAGGCCGAGCAGCCCCUGGCUUGGUGAACGGCCUGCAGCCCUGUGACCUGCAGGGUCGGACAUGCUCCCUGGAGGGCUGUGCCGGAUCUCGCCAGCUGGAAGCCUCCCUCCCUCCCUUCCUCCCUCCCUCCCUCCCUCCCUGGGUGUUCUCUGUGUGCCUGGCUGCUCCACGGGUCCUGGGGUGACAUGGCUCGGCCAGGCCUCAACCACGAUGACUGCCUGAGCACAGCCAGCUGCCCGGCCCUGUCCCAGUCCCAGGUGGUGUCGGGCCAGAGCGGUCCUGAGCUCAGAGGUCCCUUCUGCCCUUCCCCGUGGGGCUGCACCGCCUGCCCUGGUUUGCCGUGUGCACCAGAAGCUGACGCCGGGGUGAGAAGGGGUGGGCAGGGGGCUCUGCUGAGCGAGGGGCGUCGGGGCUGCUGGCUGCCUGCCGACGCUGGUUCUGGGAGCACCGCUGUCCUGGGAGCUCAGCCUGGUGGCAGAGCAGGGUCUGCGGGGGCCCCUGACCUGCGGGAGGCGCACGAGGCGGCCUGCACCCUGGCCCUGCUCCGGCCGUGGAUACAGGGCAGGGACAGUUUGGGUGAAGUCUAGUGAUGUUGGAGGUUUCCCAGAAACAACGCACUUUAACUCACACCCGCGAGCUGGCCUCUCGUGUCCGCGCGUUUGGGGGUUCAGUUUGUGUCCAGCUGCAGUCACCUCCCUCCCCCAGGAGCUGCCCCGGCCCCGGCCUGCAGCCGCGCGGCCUUCCUGGUGGGGGUGUCGGCAGGGUCGGCAGGAGGAAGUUAGGUCUGGGCUCCAGGCUCCUGCCCCCCCUGCCCGUGCGGGCGGGUCCUCGUUGAGAAGACUGCCACCUGGGGCUGUGUCCGGUCAGGGGCCCUGCUGGCGGUGUGUUCCCGUGAGUCUAGAGAAAGUGGGGUCUGGGUGGCACUGGCGAGGGGGCGUCCACGCAGGCCCACCGCCACCCAAGAGGUCCUGACCCCUGGCCGGAGCCCGGUGAACGCCGCCCUCUCCUGCUCCCACCAGCACAGGUCAGCGGUGGGGCUUGUGCCCGUGACGCCGGGUGCUCCCCAGCCGGUGAAGCACUAGGCCGCCUGCGGCUCGUGAGUGUGCCGGGCCCAGGCUGAGACCAGCACUGCGCCCUGUCUUCCCGCAGCCAGGUCCCGGGGAGGCCGCGCUCGGCCAGAAGGUGACCCGGUGUGAUCCCGGUGUGUCGGCACGAUGAUUUAGGGGCCUGCGCUUGGCACAUCCCGCUCUCCUUUCCCACGGACACCUCCUGUUGAUCCGAGAAAGGCCCCGCUGCGCCAGGCCUGCCGUAGGCACAGCAGGUCCCUGCAGACACGGGCCUCAGGGCCCACCUGUGUGCAGGCCGCGGUCCUUCCCACCUUCUCUUCGGGUCUCCUGAGCGGCCCCCCCACCCCCAUCCCCAGCUUCCUUCCGCGUCGGCGCAGGCGAGGCCUCAUGUGUCUGGCUCUUCUCGUGGGUCCAGUGUCCAGAUUUUUCUUUGAUUGUAAAAUAUAUUUUUACUUUUCAGCCUUCUAAUUUAACAAAUGAUCUAUAUAAAGAUAGAGAAUUAAAGUCCUUCAGGGAAAUUGA